AUGAGAAAUCAUACAGUAACUACAUUCAUUCUGCUGGGACUGACAGAUGACCCACAACUGCAAGUGUUAAUAUUUAUCUUCCUCUUUGUCAGCUAUCUGUUGAGUGUAAGUGGAAAUCUGACAAUCAUCACACUUGUCUUACUGGAUUCUCACCUUAAAACACCCAUGUACUUUUUUCUACAAAGUUUCUCCUUUUUAGAGAUCUCAUUCACUUCUGCUUCUAUUCCCAGAUACUUGUAUAACAUAGGAACAGGUGACAAGUUCAUUACUUAUAAUGCUUGUGUCAGUCAAGUAUUUUUUAUUGACCUCUUUGGUGUAACGGAAUUUUUCCUUUUGGCUGCCAUGUCCUAUGACCGCUAUGUGGCCAUCUGUAAGCCCCUGCAUUAUACGACUGUCAUGAGCAGCACAAGGUGCAGAAGACUUGUCUUUUGCUGUUGGGUGGCCGGUCUCUCUAUUUUAAUCCCUCCACUCAGCCUAGGCCUAAAUCUGGAAUUCUGCCAUUCUAAUAUUUUAGAUCAUUUUAUCUGUGAUGCAUCUCCCCUUCUAAAGAUCUCCUGUUCAAAUACUUGGUUCAUGGAACAGACUGUUAUAAUCUGUGCUGUGUUGACUCUAAUUAUAACACUUAUGUGUGUCAUUCUGUCCUACAUUCAUAUCAUCAGGACUGUUUUAGGAUUUCCAUCUGCUCAGCAAAAGAAAAAAGCCUUUUCUACCUGUUCUUCUCAUAUGAUAGUGGUUUCCAUCACCUACGGUAGCUGCAUAUUCAUCUACAUCAAACCUUCAGCAAAAGAAUCAGUAGCCAUUAAUAAAGGUGUAACAGUACUCAUGACUUCCAUUGCUCCUAUGCUGAACCCUUUUAUUUACACACUGAGGAACAAACAAGUAAAACAAGCCUUCAAUGACUCACUUAAAAGAAUUGUAAUAUUUUUCAAGAAAUAA